GAUUGCAAAAAUAUUUUACGUCAGAGCUCAUGGAUUUAUUAUAUGCGCAAAGAGCUCCAUGUACUCACUACAAAUUUAUCAAUUAACCAACUGACCGGAAAUUGAGGGCUUCGGUUACAUCUAAUUGAUGUCGAGGAAUGCGAGACAAUGUACCCCUUGUCGACCUUGUCAGGAAAUUGAAAUUUUCUCACUAGUCUAAGCCUUAGCUCGGGGUCUGUUCCACUGCUGUGCUUUUCAUUCACUAAAACCACCAUUUCUUUGUUCUUGGGUGGAUUCUGGCGAGUUAAGAAUUGUCUAGCACAUCGUCUGAAGACAGCUUUUACUGUAGUACUCAUUGGUGAACUCGUCAGUUACCGUGCGGAUCGAUAGAGAGAUGCGAUCGUUUCAUGUUUGCAGUUUUGUGUUGUGGAAUUUGGUUUAUGUUGCACUCUCAGAGGAAUUGAACCUUUCUGAAAGCAAAGAAGCGUUUGAUAGAGACAACGAAGAUCUGUGUAUCAAUGUACUAUGCCAUGCUGGUGAGGAGUGCAUUGUUAUCGAUAAUAAUGCUGCCUGUAUGUGUAAGAAGUCAUGCCCUAACCAUGAGAAACCAGUAUGUGGGUCAAACGGUAUGACCUAUCCAAACCACUGUGAACUGCACAAAACUGCCUGCUUGGAGGAAAAGAAACUUUCUAUCAAGUAUAUGGGGGCAUGUAGAGGACAGCCCACCCAAGCUCCAUCUUCUGUAGAGGUUAAUUAUUCAAAACCUGUUGUGUGCUAUGAGAAUGAUCGCAAUGAUGUACGCAGUCAUUUGAUUGGAUGGCUGCAGAACCAAGACAAGUUGUCAGAAGGAUUAGAUGGCUACAGACAUCUUCUGCAAUCAUACUUUGACAAAGUUGAUGAAAACAAAGAUGGAAAACUUGAUGUAGCAGAGUUCAGAGACUUCGUCCUGGCAAAUCAAUCACAAGCUGAGACAGCUAGUUCUGAUGAGUAUGUCAACCCUGUUUUGCAAAGUCUUUGUGCUGAUGCUCUGAUUUCCAUCAGUGAUGAUGAUUCUGACUGGGAACUUAACAUUACAGAGUUUAUGAGAUGCCUUGAUCCUGAAUUCAAGCCACCAAAGAAAGGUUGUGAGUUGGAUAGUGAGAUUUACAGUGACGGCACAGAAAUUCCCAUAGACUGCAAUAGUUGUGUUUGUGCCUGUGGCCACUGGGUCUGUACUGCAUUAAAGUGUGAUGAGAAAGAAUCAAAUCAGCCACGCUCUGAGAUUGGUAAUGGAAACACAGAGAAGCACAAGUACAUUGUCAAUGGACAAGAAGCUGAGGAACAACUGACAAGAGAGAAGAUGAAACAUGAUCACAAAGAAAGAAUUCAGGUCCACAAAAAGAAAAUCCUUCCACUUCAUAAACCACAGCAUCCUGGGAGGCACAAGAAACAUCACAAACACAGCUCAUAUGAGAACAGCUCAAAGGAGCCUGAUCAUGAGUAACUUUUUAAAAAAAAACAAAGGUUAUUGUGGUCAAAUGAGAGAAGUGACCUCACACAGCAAAAUGCUUUUCAGAAUUAUAAAAUCAC